AUCAUUUGUCAAUCUGAAUGCGAUUUCUCGCGUUUUUUUUAUGUCAUUGGAUGUUGUGGCUUGUGUUUUGCUAAAACUCAUUUGAAAAUAAAAGACUAGGACUUGAAAUUAGACAUAAUAUAAGAUAAUUUUUUCCACGAACAUUAUUUUACUUUGUUAAUAGUCUCUAAAGUCAUGGAGACAAUAUUAGAACAACAGCGGAGCUACCAUGAGGAAAGGGAGAGGACCAUGGACGCUAUGGUGAAAGAAAUCCUUCACAAAAAGACAGGCCACCGUGAAACUAUUAACGGAGAGCAUCGUCUGAAAAACUUACACGAUAGAUAUAUAGAGUCUACCAUAAGGCUUAAAGAGUUAUAUGAGGAUAAAGAUAGCCUCCGUAAAGAGGAGAUUGCAGCUCUGUCGGGCCCAAAUGAGUUUCAGGAAUUUUAUGCCCGGCUGAAACAAAUCAAGGAAUUUCAUAGGAAACAUCCUAAUGAGAUUUGUGUGCCAAUGUCGGUAGAAUUUGAAGAAUUAGCAAAUAUUAGAGAAAAUCCAGCUGAAGACUAUACUGUUCCUGUAGAGUUUACUGAUGAAGAAGGAUAUGGUAAAUAUUUAGAUUUACAUGAAUGUUAUGAGAAAUAUAUAAAUCUUAAAGGAAUUGAGAAAGUGGACUACAUUACAUACUUAAGCAUUUUUGAUCAUCUAUUUGACAUUCCUCGUGAGCGUAAAAACAGUGAAUACAGGAACUACAUAAGGGCUCUGCUCACAUAUUUAAAAGACUUUGUAAGCAGAGUUAAGCCUCUUCAAGACCAAGCGCAAGAAAUGGCUAUAGCACACCAGGAGUUUAUGAAGCAGUGGGAAGCAGGCACAUUCCCAGGAUGGCCGAAAGAAACCGGUGGAGCCCUCACUAAUGUUGGUGCUCACUUAGAUCUUUCAGCAUUCUCGUCUUGGGAAGAGCUGGCUUCUCUCGGAUUGGAUAGAUUGAAAUCAGCUCUAAUGGCUCUUGGGUUGAAAUGUGGUGGUACAUUAGAAGAAAGAGCACAGAGGUUGUUUAGUACGAAAGGGCAGACAGCAUUAGAUAAAUCACUUGUCGCAAAGAAAGGAGGAAAUAAAGCCAAGGCCUCUACUCAGCAAAGGCAUAAGGAUAUUGCAGCCAUUGAAGCUCAAGUUUACAGGUUCGCGACUAUAGUGAGCAACACGCGCGUGGCGACGGUUGAGAACGUGACGCGUCGUGCGGCGCGUGCGGCCGGCGAGCGGCGCGACGACUCCGGCGACGAGAGUGACGCCUCCGCCGCGCCCGACGUCGACUCCGACGACGACGAGGUGCCAUACAACCCCAAGAACUUGCCGCUGGGGUGGGAUGGGAAGCCUAUCCCAUACUGGCUGUACAAACUUCAUGGUCUGAACAUAAGCUACAAUUGUGAAAUUUGCGGUAACUACACCUACAAGGGGCCCAAAGCGUUCCAGCGCCAUUUCGCUGAGUGGCGACAUGCUCACGGCAUGCGCUGUCUCGGCAUUCCGAACACGGCUCACUUUGCCAAUGUCACACAAAUUGAAGAUGCACUGGCAUUGUGGGAGAAAAUAAAACAACAAAAGGAAAAUGAACGGUUCGUAGCUGAAAACGACGAGGAAUAUGAGGAUUCUCAAGGAAAUGUUGUUAAUCGAAAAACCUUCGAAGAUUUGAAGCGACAGGGACUUCUGUAGAAUUAUAUUUUUAAAAUAAUGUGCUACAAUAAAUAUUAGUAAUGAAGCGGC